GAUUACGUACGGACUAAUGUCUUUGUUUUUGUAGCGUCUGGGGAAAGCGUUUUUUCGGCGGUUUUUACUUUUAACAUUAACGGCAAUCCUUCGGAAAAAGAUGUCAUAAAGGCAGAAAUGAAAACUGCUCUGACUAAUCUAUAUCAAGGAAGAAUAACGGGUUUCCUCCGAGUGGUCAUCAUAGAAAUAAGAUUUGGGAGUGUGAUUGGAGAUCAUACUGUUGUGACGUCAAGCACCUCAGCGACCCAAGCGAAGAGUGACUUCACCAAGACCCUGACUAACUUGGCCACAGGGGCCCUGAAGGUCACCUACAACAGUACCGAUGUCCCCGUACAGUCCAUGACGGUCACUGAUUCAAACGGGAACUCUCAGACUGUACCUGUCUCUUCGGGUGCAACAGCAUGCCAGGUGUUUAACACCUUUAAUACGUGUCCAAGCGGACAGGAAUGUGGGGAGGAAAAUGGCGUCGUACAAUGCAGACAAAUCCAAAGUGAUGAUACCUACAAGUACAUUGUGGGCUUUGGAGUGGGGAUACCCCUGUUUGUAAUGGCCGUCCUCAUUAUGGUCAUCAUCUGUGUGUACUACCGCAGAAAGAAGUACAAGAAGGGCUCCUUUAGCUCAGAGGAGGAUGAUUUAGAUAGGACAAUGAAUGCAGAGGGUUUCUUUAAGACCGGAAUCCCCACCAAGAUAGACAGUUGGGGACGACGUGGUCCCUAUUCUGUCAGGAACUGGGGCGACGACUCUAGUCUGUCCGACAUGAAUGAGAGGAGGGGGAGGACCGGGGACGGCUUCGAUAACACGUACCGCGGGGGCCGGGAAGUGUACACUUAUGACAAUGGAGCCAAAUCCAAUUUUUCUUGGGAUUUUAUGUAUCAAGCUCUAGAUCCCAACACACAGUAUCAGAUAAAACGGCCCCAGGCUGAGUCUAGGCCACACCCACUUUUUAAAAAAUCGGACCAGUAGACCUCUAGCUGAAAUCCAUAUUCUUCCAAACAUGUGCCAAUAUCCUUAUUCCAAGUAAAUUUUAUUUACCGUCAGGGUCAAAUUUACGUAUAUUUGUUGUCUAGAAUCAUAUGCAAUCUGCAAUGAUUCAUGUAUAGUCUGGUUCUAUUCGUUUGAUGUCUGGAUCACGUUCAUGCGCUGACUGGAUUAGGGUUAUGUGUUUUAUGGAACAGGUUAUGUGUUUUUCGGGACUACGUGUAUAUAUACUAAUGCACAAUCUGGAUCAAAAUACGUACUUUUCUGGAUUAAUAAUUUCAUGUGUCGUCUGGAUCAGCUUCAAGUGGCGUCUGGAUCAGUUUCAUGUGCUGUCUGGAUCAGUUUCAUGUGUCGUCUGGAUUAUUUUCCUGAGCUGUCUGGAUUACUUUAAUGUACAAUCUGGAUUUACUAGCAUGCUGUUUGGAUCAUUUUCUGAACAAGUUCCAUGUUCUGUCUGGAUCAUGUGCAGCUCGGACCAUGUUUAUGCCUUUUGAAUUAAGUUCGUUCCAUUUUCAUAGUAUUCAUGCGGUUUAGGAUUCAUCCUGAUUUUUUUGCGAACAUUUCAUAGAAACUCUACCUGGAUGUGUUCCUAUUGUACUGUGUAGAGAAUGACUUAUGUAUUACUUUAGAAUGAAACUAAUAGAGUUACUUUAGAAUGAAAAGCAUAAUAAUAACAAUCAUGAUUCGAGUGCAAUUUGCUCCUUUUACUUACCUCAGUUCUAAAACACAUGAAUCCAUUUAAAUAAAGCGUAUAACAUAUCAUUAUGGAAAAUGCGUGGUUCAGUAAUCGUAACUGAUGUACAGUAGAACUGUACCUUUGUAGUAUGUGCAUAAUAUGCAUAUUAAUGUUGGAUGCGUGAAGAACGAUUUACCGGUACCAUAACGUCAACACAUGAUCUUCGAUAUUUUAGCUAUUCAUAUUGCCUUCGUAGAUAUAGGUUGUUAUAUAAAUGAGUGAGUCCUCAUACCAGUAUGUUAUAUAUUUAUAUAGAUUGUGAUGUAAUCAAAAACUAUUUAUAUAUUUACACAUAUAUAAAUGCCUAUUGUUGUUCUUUUUUAUCAAAUCUGAUUAUAUAUUUAUAUAUGUUUUAUACAAAUUAAAAAAUAUUUUUAUACAUAUA